GUCAAAGAAAACACAGAAUCUGCUCAGUGAGAGGUGCGGCCACAAUGAUUUCCAAACAGCAGUGUGUGAAACUGAAUGACGGUCACUUCAUUCCUGUACUGGGAUUUGGCACCUACGCUCCCGAUGAGGUGCCCAAGAACAUGGCUACAGAGGUCACUAAAUUAGCUAUAGAUGCUGGGUUCCGCCAUAUUGAUUCUGCUUAUUUCUACCAAAAUGAAGAGGAGGUGGGACUUGCUAUUCGCAGCAAGAUUGCAGAUGGCACAGUAAAGAGAGAAGACAUAUUUUAUACUUCAAAGCUUUGGUGCACCUUCCAUCAACCAGAGCUGGUCCAACGGAGCUUGAAAAGUUCACUAAAAAAACUUCAGUUGGACUAUGUGGACCUCUAUCUCAUUCAUUUUCCAGUGUCCAUGAAGGUAGGCAAUGUGCAUCAUCAGUUAUACUUAACUUUUUUCAUCAUCAGUUGUACUUAGCAUCUGCAUGAUUGUCAAUU